AAACGCGUCACGGGAUCUCUCGUCCUUGUCACUGCAGCUCUGGAUGGCGUCAGUCUUGACUGAAGGACUGUGCUGUUCUUGUCCCGGAGGUCGUCCCGAAAACCAAAACACCGGAGCAGAGACAGAGCGGUUACGUUACCGAGCUGCGAUAAGACGUAGGAGAUGCUUGAUAAGAGAGUCUUAAAAACACAGAUACGGACACAGAGAGAGGAUGUGUGGAAACAGCCUGUUUGUAACGACCAGAGGGAAGGAUUCGUCAAAACAGCUGCACUGAGCCUGCCUGUGUCCAGCUCUGUAGACUACUGUACCAAUGGGUCUCUCGCUGUCAGCUUGGUUGUACAGCAGGGCAGCUGACAGCCCUCCCUCCUCUUCAUCAGCUUUCCCUCCACUGGCUGUUCCGACCUGCUCUCGCCUCGCUGUCACUCUGAACUCUUCACCAGUUCCUCCAGGAGACAGUCGCUCACACUGGAGCUCAGUCCACCGCUCUCCUCACUUUUUGCUCUCUGUCUGCAAACAGAAAGUGACACGUUCACCUGUUGAGCUUAGCAGCGAUGGGGUGAGAGCAGAGAUGGGGGUGAAAAGCGGGCUUCAUGUCUGGGAGGUGCUGUGGACCCCCGACCACAGAGGGAGUCACGCUGUCAUGGGCAUUUCCAGGCAGGAUUGUCCUCUGCAGGCCUCAGGUUACAACGUGCUGGUGGGUGGAGACGCACAGUCCUGGGGCUGGGAACUCAAAACCAAUCAGCUCUGGCAUGGUGGACAGAGUCUAGGACUUUACCCAGGAAAGAGGAGGAAGUGUGACUCUGAGGCUGCAGAUUUUAAGCCACAAUCUUCCUCUCCACCAGACACAAAAGUGGCAGAGACACCUCUCCACAUCCCUGAACGUGUCCUGCUGGUCCUGGAUGCUGACGCAGGGACUCUGGGAUUCGUUGUUGAUGGCAUUUUUCUUGGCGUAGCUUUUAAAGACCUUCCUCGUGGAGUGGAUCUGUUCCCAGCGGUGAGCAGUGUGAGAGGGGGAGCCACCAUACGACUACGCUACCUGAAUGGUGCCACAUGUGAUCCCCCAGCUCUGAUGGCUUUAUGUGGACUGUCAAUUCGUCAGUUUUUAGGGCAGCAGAGGCAAAGUCAAACUGACAAACUGCCUCUACCCCCUUUUCUCCAGCACUACCUGCUUUCUAGUCAUUAAUUUGCACACACACAUGGACACAGUAGGAAUGCUUUUGUCAAUUAUUGCACAGUGUACCGAAAACUUAUGACGCAUUUCUUUUUAUAUGAAAAAUUAUGUAAGUACAUGUGACAUUAUGGCUAGACAAGUGUAUUUACUUUUCAUAUUAUUUAUUACAAUGUGAUGUAUACAUAGUCCAUUUAUAAUAUUUUGAAACUUAUUUGUAAACUGUGAGAGCACUGUUGUUUCACAAACUAAAGGCGUAUAUGAAAUAUAUUCUGAACAUUUCUUUA